AUGAAGGCACUCGUCUACAGCGCUGCCAACUCCGUGUCCGUCCAGCAAAAGCCUGAACCGGUCAUCUCGUCGCCCGGGGAUGCCAUUGUCAAGCUUACCAAAACCACUAUUUGCGGCACAGAUCUUCACAUCCUCAAGGGCGAUGUGGCGACGUGUCAGCCCGGACGAAUUCUGGGACAUGAAGGCAUUGGAGUAGUGUACGCUACGGGCCCGUCGGUAUCACGGUUCUCCCGAGGUGAUCGCGUCCUCAUCUCAUGCAUAUCAAGCUGCGCCGUCUGCGAGUACUGUCGUCGGGGCAUGUAUAGCCAUUGCACGUCUGGCGGCUGGAUUCUUGGGAACUCCAUUGACGGCACUCAGGCGGAAUAUGUGCGAAUCCCCCACGCGGACUCUAGCCUUUACAAGAUUCCCGUUGGCGUGGACGAUGCGGCCAUGGUGAUGCUCAGUGAUAUAUUCCCCACAGCCCUUGAGUGCGGUGUACAGAAUGGCAAGGUCCAACCGGGCGCCACGGUUGUCAUUGUCGGAGCAGGACCCGUGGGUUUGGCUGGAGUGAUGACGGCCCAGUUGUACUCGCCGUCCAAGAUUAUCGUGAUUGACACGGAUGAUAAGAGGCUGGAGAAGGCGAGGGAGCUAGGUGCUAGUGCUGGCAUUAACAACCAGGCCGAAGACGCCAUUGCCAAAGUAAAGGAGUUAACAGACGGCAAGGGAUGUGAUGCUGUGAUCGAGGCGGUCGGCGUGCCGGCGACGUUUGCAUUGUGUCAGGAACUCCUCGCUCCCGGUGGUGUGCUCGCCAACGUUGGUGUCCACGGGUGCAAAGUCGAUCUCGCUUUGGACCGACUCUGGGAUAAAAAUAUCUGUGAGUAUCGUUGA